AUGAGCUCCAAGGCGGCGCCUGAGGCGGAGCUGCGUCCCGCCUUCGCCGCGCUCGACGUCAACGGCGGCGGCGGCAUGCUGCGCGCGAUGGAGUGCGUCGGGCGCAAUUUGCCGGCGGGGGGCAGCCGCGACGAGGAGUCGCUCGCGCGAAAGGCGGCAGUCGCCUUCGACGCGCUGGACGUGGACAAGUCGGGCACCCUCGACUACGAGGAGUUUGUGGCCGUCCUGUCGGGGCUACGGCACACGGACCCGCUCGAGGCCUUGUCGGAGUGA